AUGAUUGAUUAUCACAGGUUAGUAAAUUCAGUAGAGAGGCACACCAGAUGCAGUCCAGCGUAUUGCCUGAAAAAGAAGAGGGUUGACCUGCCUGCAGAGUGCAGAUUUGGGUUCCCAAAACCAUUACAAGAGGAAACUGCGCUGAUUUAUGAGGUACGAGGUAAGAAAAAUAAAUCUGUACACUCAGAGUUGCAAACCAAGAGAAAUGAUGAGAGGCUGAAUUCACACAACAGGGUCAUGCUUGAGAAUUGGCGGGCCAAUGUGGAUUUACAGAAUGAUGACCAAGUGUCUUCUGCAAUCAAGAAAGCAAUGAUCCAAGUUGCUGGUGAUCGAGACAUGGCUGCUCAGGAGACUGCCCAUAUGUUACUCAGUUUGCCUUUGGUAGGCUGUACGUAUAGUUUUGUUACUGUUUCUUUAGAAAACAGUAGAAAAGUGAUCCUUGAUGCAGAAAAUCCACAAGAGGAAGUACUUCAGAAUUCUGUUCUUCAAGAUUAUGGAGAGCGGACAAAAGUGGAGAGUAGGUAUAGGGGGUUAUCUCAGUUGAAUUUGAUGCAGUAUGCAUCUCAGUUCACAAGAGUCAGAGGUGAGUUGACAAAACGAGUGAAUCCUUAUAUUGUCAGGACAUUUCCAAAGGUUACAGCCAAUCCUGGCAGCCCUACCUUUGGAAAAUACUGCAAGUAUCAACUCAUUAAGUUUAAACCAUGGGAAGAUAAGUCAUCAAAUGCAUGGGACAAUAUGGAGGAAACUGAUGAUAUGUUUAUUAACACAUAUGCUUCAUUUCUUCAGACAGAUUUUGCUAGAGACAAUGUAUUUGGGUAUUCUAUUGAAACAGAGAUGGUCCAUGCUGCACAGACAGAUGAAACAUAUGGAACUGAUGAAAGUAGUGAUGAAAGCGAUGACGAACAGGAUCAACCUAAUGAGGAAGAGCAAAUUGAGGAUUGGAUGUUGUUAUGUAGACUCAACCAACAUUAUGAGGAUGCAGGAAAUCAAAUGGCAAAUAACGAAGCAGUGGAUUGGUUCGAAGCAGCAAGAGGCGUGCCUGGGGAUUUGUUGAGAGAAUCUCCUGGAUGGAUUUCUAAACAGAGAAGGGAUGCAGAGGAGCAAGGUAUGCAGUAUCACACAGGUGACCAACAAGUGGUGGUUGACCCAGGGACCUUGAAUGACAAACAGCGCUGGCAUUUGACAUUAUCACUGCAUCCAUGGCUAAUGAUGAAUGUGAACCGCUACAUAUGA